GGAAUGGAUGGGCCUCUGUUCCCUGGAGGACCAAAGACCCGUGGGAUCUUCGUGCCUGCUUUCAAUGCAACCCUGCUGCGCCACCCCUCCUCGUUCCUCGCCAACUCCACUCCCGAUGGAGAGAAGUCCAGUGCAAGCACGUGGACAGUGCAUCUGGAUGAGGUGCAUCCUGAUUGGUCGCCGCUUCUACUGUACUCGCACUACGCACUGUUUGGAACUGGUGUCUGGUACACCAUGGCGGACCCCAAGAAGCGCAAUUACAUGAUCAACAACGUUCGUCAGCCUGAAAUGGACGGCAUCCUUACAAUGCAACUCGCUAUGAACACAGUGAGGAAGUUCACUCGGAGUCUGAAGUACACCGGCAUGCCCAUGUUCCUGACCUUCACCCCGAUGCAUUACGAUGUGAGGCUGAAUGAGAGCAUGCAGCAUGCCAACUGCAGCGUCAUCCAACGGCCGUUAACGUUCGAGCAAGUCGCCAAUAUGGAAUGGGCAGUUGACGCAGUGAAGACUCGCAAGGCUCAACUUAAG